AACAUGGAAUCAACAAACCAAACAGGUAUAGCAGAAUUCCUCCUCCUGGGUCUGACGGAGGAUGGAGAACUUCAACCUGUUCUCUAUGGAGUGUUUUUGUCUGUCUACCUGGUCACUGUGCUUGGAAACCUGCUCAUCAUCCUGGCCAUCAACGCGGACCCCCACCUCCACACCCCCAUGUAUUCCUUCCUGUCCCAACUGUCCCUGGCUGACAUCAGCAUCAGCUCAAGUACUGUUCCCAAGAUGCUGGCGAACAUCCACACACAGGACCAGAGCAUCACGUACGCAGGCUGCCUGGUGCAGGCCUGCUUCGUCUUGCUUUUUGCUGGCCUGGAAAACUGUCUCCUGGUGGCUAUGGCCUAUGACCGCUACGUGGCUAUUUGCCACCCAUUGAGCUACACAGUCAUCAUGAACCCUCGUCUCUGUGGCCUGCUGACUCUCCUGUCUCUACUCAGUAGUAUUGUAAAUGCCUUACUCCUUAGUUUGAUGGCAUUGCGUUUGUCCUUUUGCAAAGACCUGGGGAUCCCCCACUUCUUCUGUGAACUUGCUGAAGUCAUCAAGCUGUCCUGUUCAGACACCUUUAUCCACAAUGUACUGAUAUAUCUGGCAGCUUUUGUAUUUGGUGGCAUUCCUUUCUCUGGAAUCAUAUUCUCUUAUACUCAAAUUAUCUCUUCUGUGUUGCUCAAGCCAUCCGUGCAAGGCAGGUACAAAGCAUUUUCCACGUGUGGCUCUCACUUGGUAGUGGUCUCCUUGUUCUAUGGGACAGGUUUGGGAGUAUACAUCAGUUCUGUCAUGAAUGACUUCCCGAGGAAGACUGCCAUGGCCUCUGUGAUGUACUCCGUGGUCACACCCAUGCUGAAUCCCUUCAUUUACAGCCUGAGGAACAGGGACAUGAAACAGGCCUUGAGGAAGCUCAUCAGAAGGACGGCUUCCUUCCUCUAA